AACUCGACAAGACGCCACGAUGGAGCUCUGUACUGAAUUCUGCAAAAAGCUGAACGCGAUUCAUCUGGAUGGUGGUCGAUUCCCGUCUCACGAGCAGCUGAUCGCGCAUCUCCCAUCCACCAGCGACGACGGAAGCUGGUAUCUCGGCACAUGGCGUGAGUUGCAACAACACACGCAGUGCAACUUUUGCCAGUUGGUGGCUAUCGCCAUCGCGGAGGAUGCUAGGCCAGGUGACAACAAGGUCAUCAAUCCUGAGCAAGUGAUUAGCGUUCUGGUUUUCCCGGGCGAGUGUUCAUUUCGUCUUUCGUACCCCUCUCGCCUGGGCACGCGCAUUGAAUUCGUGGCCGAGAAUGAUGUUCAAGCUGGAGGACCAGACACUGCCAGAGUUGUUCUUGAGUCUAAGGUUGAUGUGUCAAGGAUCAAGAAAUGGGUGCAGACUUGUCAAGAGCGACAUGAGUCGUGUUCUCCAUCCAUGCUGGAGGAAGAGGAUAAGAAUAAUGAAAUGGUUAAAAGGUGGAAAGGAAGAUUUAAUGAAAGCGCCACCUCGAACUUUAGAGUCAUCGACCUCAAACACGGCUGUAUACGACACGUAGCCCUAGAAGUCAGAUACGUAGCGCUGAGCUACGUCUGGGGGCAGCUACCAAUGUUUAAGCUCCAAAUGCAUAAUUACGAACGACUGCUACAGAAAGGCAGCUUGGAGGGCAUACGAAAUGAUCUUCCUAGGACCAUCAACGAUGCCAUUGAACUUGUGAAAGCAAUGGGAGAACGAUUCCUCUGGGUUGACGCCCUUUGCUUGGUACAAGACGACGCGGAAGACGUAAGCUUAGGCAUCGAAAUGAUGAACUCAAUCUAUCAUGGUUCAUACUUCACCAUUGCCGCGGCUUCAGGAUCCGACGCAAAUGCAGGCUUACCCGGAGUGGGUCAGUCUGACGAGAGCAAACAAAGGAAACAAGCGAUCAGAUGUAUCACGCCCAACAUCAAGAUGGCGAUCGUUCAUGGUGUCGACUGGCAUCUCAAUAGGUCUAUCUACAACGAACGUGGAUGGACGAUGCAAGAACUCGUUCUUCCUCGACGGACGGUCGUCUUCCUCAACGGACAGGCGUAUUACAGAUGCCAGGAGGCGAACUGGAGUGAGGAGACGUGUGCUGAUCGAUGGACUGACUGGUUAGACGCAGAUGACAGUAACAUCAGCCGUAUUCCCGAUCCGAUCGAAGGCUUCUUGCCUUCUGCCUGGGCAUAUCAAAAACUCUGCGAGAACUUCUCGUUUCGCAAGUUAAGAAGCGAUGGUGAUGCUCUUCGAGCUCUUGUUGGAGUUACUCGUCCGAUGGCCACCGGUAUGGAAACUUUGUUGGUCGAGGGGCUCCCCGGAUACUACCUCGAUCACUUCAUCCUCUUUAUCGCCUCCAAAGGAGACCUGCGACGACGAGACAGAUUCGCAAGUUUUUCGUGGGCUGGAUGGGAAGGACAGAUCAUGUGGCCACGGGAAAAUUUUAUAUGGUACGACAAGACAGAAACUGGAACUUCAACAGGAACGCGGGAUACAGCGAACAUUCUCAAAUACCUGAAACAUGCCCGAAUCGUGGAGUGGGGUGCUUUAACUGUACCAACUAAUCUUGAGGACCUGACAUAUCGCCCUUACGAACUGCCUUCGUUACUGCUUGAACUGAUAAAAGGCCAUCAGAACGUUUUUCCCAUGGUUGAACAAGACCCUUUACGAGACCCUAAGUAUAACAGCACACCGUGGUGUUCUGGUGGAAGCAGCAGUGGUGACGUGCCUCUGUGGGACCGUAUCCCCAGUAGCUUGGGCGAAAGGGAGGACGACACCGCGAAAAAGUCACGACCCUUGCGUGGAUUCUCUAUCAAGGCCCUUAACUCAGCCAAUAGCCAAGCAGAGUUUGACAGGCUGCUGUCCCGCAUGGAUCAAAGUUCCGAAAAGUGGGCGAUGCAGAACUGGAUGGCCUGCCGUCUCAUACGUGUUCGAGGCGCCAUCGAGAACAAAUCUACAGUAGGUCCUCGACCAGAUCAACUUCAAAGCCCCGACGAACGGGAUGCAGUCAGGUUCCGACGCCCACGCGUUUAUGGCAAAGUAGAGGCGGAAGGAACAUUGCCAGUAACCGACAUCCAUAUGGAAGCCUGCAGGUCCAACAUCGCGAGACAGACCGAAGACAGUGCAGAACCACCCCCAGAUACUUCUGCCAUGCCCAAUUUCCCACCCUACACAGUUCUACACUUCAUAACCAUAUCUCUACAUCUCACUCUCGGACCAUCCCAAACAAAGUCUCGUCAAUCACAACCCGCAGAUCCCACCUUCACGUCUCCAUUCGACCGCAUCCCCGGCACCCCUCUCUUAUCCAAAACCGGCAAUCUCAUCGGCUCCCUUCACCCCGACAACACCGAAUCACUGGACCCACCAGGUUCCCAAAUCGAGCUACUCAUCAUCGCACACUCCCACACGCCGACCGUUGGCUCUGCGCUCUUCGAGCUGGAAGACGCCAAUACAGAACGCCCGUGGAAGUUGUUCUGGGUACUGCAUGCGGUAUGGCAUGAGGGGAUUGCUGAGCGCCGCGGAGUAGGGCAGGUUCUUGAGUCGGCUCUGGAGGACGCCGUUGAGCCUGGUCCAUCUGUUAAGACCGUGCUGCUUGGUUGACAGCGAUGCGAGUUGAUCGUGCGUGACGUGCACCCUUUCCUGUUCUGUCGAAGAAUUUGCUCACGUGUGUCGACCGGAACUCGACGUAACAUUUUAUGAAGUUGGUGUCCUCAUAGCGAUGAU